AUGCUGGAUUUGCACUCUUUCCUCCUAGCUGUCGCAGCGGUGGGUGGGGCAACAAGUGAUGGAUGGGUGAAGUGGAACAAUGGAUAUGAGUAUAAGGCCAUCAAAGAUUUAUAUAUCUUCUUCGAAGCCGAACUGAAUUGUAGUAGAAUGAACGGCCACCUGGCGUCGAUUCAUAGUCAGGAGGAAAAUGACUUUGUGCUUAAUCUCACAUCUUCCAUCAGCGGUGACGAAAACAUUUUCAUAGAAAAUGCGUGGAUAGGUCUGUACGAGGUUGGCAAUCGCAUUUGGCAAUGGACCGACGGCAGCCCACUUGACUACGAACACUGGGAUAUCGGCGAACCCAACUAUUACCAAAGCAAUGAAUAUUGUGCUUUUGUGAGUUCUCCUAUGUCAAAAUGUUCUCUCCUUAGAAAGUAA